AUGCCUCACUAUAGCCGACCCGCCUCUCCCUUCUCGAGGGCGCUACAGCAGUGGAUAUCGGAGCUGAAACGCGACGAAGACAAGAAGACCAAGUUCUACGAGAAAGUAUUGGCAACUCAAAAUGAAUUACAGACUACUAGUGAGAGUAAUCAGUGCGAAAGGCAUGCUCAAGACCUAUCCAAAUACAUCGAAGAGCUACAAGAGAAGAAGCGGAGCAAGAGUAGAUUCAUUCGACUCUGUUCUAAACUUGAACCCUUCAUAAGUAGCCUCACUAACCUCAUGACAAUAUGUGGCGAGAUGUCCCAGUCGGCGUCGCCUGAAGUCGGUAUCGCCUUUGGUGCCGCCAAGCUUGUACUACAACUGGCCUCCAAACAGGCCGCCGCUUUUGACAGGAUAGUCGAUAUCAUGGUUGAGAUCGCGCGAAACUUGCGCUGCUACGAUAAGUUUUCAGUCGCGUACGAGAAGUCUGAAGAGCUUCAAGAUCUGCUCCUUGAGGCUUACAAGGCGAUUAUCGUGUUCUGGCAGAGGGCUUCUCAGAUCCUAGAUCGAAGCCUAAUUAGGAUUGCUGCAAUUAAUAUGGUCAAGCCUAUUGAUGUUGAGUGGAAAGAAUGUUUGGGGAAGCUGCAAAAUAAUUCCCGGGCGGUCUCGAUGCUGGCUCAAGCGACCACUGCAGCGGAGUCCCGAGAAAACGAAGCAUUGAACCUGACGAAAAAGAUCGCGAAGUGGAUUUCAGGGGGAGAAGAUAUCUCUAAGCUACUCUUCCGUAGUGAUCUUAGGGAUAUCCAUGAUAUUCGCCAGGAUGGUACUUGCAACUGGAUCUUUGAACAAGAGUCUUUCAAGUCUUGGUAUGAAGCCAAGGAGAGUACCGUAGCCUGGUAUCAUGCACCACCUGGGUCCGGUAAGACGGUCCUAUCCACUGUGGUCGCUUAUCAUCUCCAGGAGAAUAAUCAGGUCGUCUACUAUCGAUACUCGUAUGACGAUCCCACUAGAAAAAACCCGUUAACUGCGCUGCGAUCAAUUGCCCUCCAAUUAAGAACAAUCCAAGGAAGAAUUCCCGACCAAGCAGAAGAGUGCUACAAGGAAGAAGUCGAGCACCACGCCUACCAAUUACAAGACCCCGAGGUAGCGAUCCAGGUGGUCGAAGCAUUCAUUGCGCAGAUGCCGAGGAUCCAUAUCAUAAUUGAUGGGUUGGACGAAUGUUCCGAUGUAGAAAAAGCGCUCUCCAUGUUCCGUCGUCUCACACGCCUUGACACAUGCGGCAUAGCGAAAUGGUUCUUUACCAGCCUUAAUGAGGCACCCAUUCGAAAUAUUAUGGAAGAAGUACAGGCUAUCGAAAUCAGCCCACCCACGGGGGCAAUAGGGGACGAUAUUGGGGUGUUCCUAAGUUCUCGGGGCGAGAAACUGGCGCGCCAAACAUGUGCCGAAUGCGUUCGAUACUAUACUGCGUCCUCGGAAGAAAACUUCCUUUACUCUACCCUCAUGUUCAAUAUCCUAUGUGGAGACGGCAUCACCUGUAACGAUGAGAUUCACGAUGAGUUACAAAAAUUUCCACGUAAACUAACGGGUUGCUAUACUCGCUGCCUUCAGAACAUAGCUCGAAGAGCAGAACCCGAACGCAACCUUGCGAGACGUAUCUUCCUUUUUAUGGUAUACGCGAAGAAGCCACUUACCGUGAAAGAGCUAUGCAAUGCCCUGGCUAUCAUGAAAGGAAUUGAAUACGAUGAUCACCAACCGAAUCGUGUGCCUUGCCUUGAAGUCAUUCAAUCGCUCGGCGGAUCUCUCAUAAAACUAGAGAAGUCUUCAGAUGAAGCAGAAAACGACCCCAAGGUGAAAUUCGUGCAUAAAUCCGUGCAGGAUUAUUUCAAAGAAGACCUAGACAGAAUAGGAAUACCAAAGGAUCGAGCCGACUUGCGAUACUUCUUCAUCAGCGGAAAAGAAGGUAAUCUGGAGCUUGGACAGUAUUGUUUAAAGUACCUCCAGUUCAAGCGCUACCAGAGUAAGGUCGACAUACCCAUGAUCUUGGCUAACAAUGAAGAACAUGCUUUCUUGAAAUAUGCAGCCGCAUUCUGGUUCGAACAUCUCAAUCAAGCUGACAAUUCGGAAGAGCUCUUCCUUGAAGUGAAGUCGUUAGUUGAGAGUGUGGCAUUCUCAACUUGCUUGGCCGUGCAAGUCAAAGUACGUCCCCACCUAUUUGCCCGGUAUACGAAUAUUCGUGGGACAGCCGUCGCGCUACGACUAGAAAGCGGAGAGUUAGGUAGAUUAGACAGCAUUGCAGUUCCGUUACCAGACUGGGUUGAAUUUUACGAACCGGGCGGAUGCAACAUCUCACGAAUGCUAUACAACUUUAUCAGAGAAUGGCACGAGACUUUGAUUCGGCACCCAGAGGCCGCCAGCAGCUACUGCCAGACAGACCAAGCAGGAAGCCGUGUACUUCCAGGGCUUGCGUCGAUGAUGUCAAAAAACAUGCGAAUAUCAGCUAUCAGAGUACCUUCGGAAGCAUCCGAUGUAGCCUUGUCGAGUACGUUUUACGAAAAGUCGAAGCCCCAUGCGUGUAUCACAUAUGUAGAUGGAGACACAACACGUUGGCAAGAAGGACCGAUAUCUGCAGGUGUACUAUCCAAAAGUGGGAUUAUCCCGAUGGAAUCGAGGAGAGAGAAAGCUGGAAGGCUCAUUCGUUUUAGCGAGCAGCUUCACAGCCCACAUCCUACUGACCCAGUGACGUGGUCUAUCCCCUUAGCCAAUCUUGAAGUGGAACACUAUUACGAAGGAAAGACACGCGCAUUCCGAGCUCCAGACCUUUGCCGCGCCUCAGACAGUUCUACGAUGGGAUGGAUCCUCGUUACGGAGUCGAAGUCCGCGUCGGCAGAUUGGUCGGCGCUAGCAUUCCACCUGACAAGCACACGCUCCGAAGAAGCGAAGAAACAAGAUGUUGACUCAGGCUACGAUUCGGCGUCGGAUACGGAUGGGGGAUGGAGUGUCUCCGAUGGCGAUACUAGCGACGAUGAAGAUAGCGAAACUCUCGUAUCUGAUUGCCUGCUUCUCUGUUGCGAUGGGGAGAACCCAAUUUGGAUUCCAUGGUUAAAUGACCGGUCGCAAAUAUCUUGCGCCUUCCAUCCUAACCGCAAAAUUGCAGUGUGCUCCCGGAGCCUCGAUGAGAUUCAAAUCAUCGAUUUGAGUACCGGUGAGAUUUCUUCUCGAGCGAUAGAAGAGCCCGCAGCAGCCAGAUCAUUAGCACCUAUUAACUGUAGAGAGAUGCGCUUUUCUCCAUGCGGUCGGUAUAUCUAUUAUCUCCUAAUCAUGAUCGAUAACAAUGGAGAUAUCGGGUCAACAUGCCAAGUUUUCUUAUCUGUCUUCCCAUUCGAGGAGUCAAGCGAGAACGACAUGAUGCGUCCAUGCGUCGAAGUUCAGCGUUUGACCUACAAAUUAGGCGCGCAGACGAAUAAACUCCGAGCGCCGUAUGUUCUGACCCACUGGGAUGUAGAUAUGGUGUAUCUCUGCCUACCGUUGCUAUCGUGUAAUCCGAAAGUUGUGAGACUUCAUCUGGUAAAGGGAGACACAGAGGAAGAGGCCCAGAUCCAAACCCUCACCAACCCCGCCUUCUUCCCCAACUCGACGCCUAGUCGCAACCCGAGAAUCAUAUACCACUCUUCGAAACCCGGAAAUAAAGAAAAUAAGGAUAGGCUCGCCCUGGCUUUAGACGGUGUCUAUCAUUCAGUCGAAGAAGGAGGCAAUAAUUACCCACCCACGGUAAUUGAAUGGAAAAUCGAUGGGAAGAAAGGGUGGAGAACAUGGGAUGAAGCUUCCGAUAGCGAAGAUCCCCAAUUGGUAGAGGAAACUAGGACAUACGCACAACUUCGCGGGGACUUCAUCAAUGCGGAUCGAAGAUUCAACGUCGUGGUGCGAAACUCGUUGGAUUGGACUAGGAAAGCAUACUUAUCGUGCGCAUAAUCCAGGCGAUCAGGAUAUUUAUAUUGGACCUACCGAUUAUUUCACGAUAUAUAUUUUGAUGGGUACCUAAGUAGAAAGUUGCCGUUGGGAGGAGGCGGGUUUUCGGUCGGUCUCAGGGGGUGGCGUUCAUCGGAUAAAGUCCGAGUGGGGCCAUUUCCCAUCGGCUCUCUUCCGAUGUGAGAAAAGCCUGGCCCCGAACUCGAAUGAGUAAAUUGGGCAUAUUCGGAUAUAAUGUCUUAUGUUUCCU